UUUAAAAUAGUAUUUAUGACUGGAUGUGAUUCUGGGUUUGGAUAUUCAUCACUUGCAGGGUACUUUACUAAAAAUAUUGGCAAAAAUUUGGAUUUUCAUGAUUCUGCCCGGAGUACCGCUAUGAUGAAAAGCGGCACGGCCACUACGAUGUGGGUGCAAUCAGUUGGAGGAAAUAUAUGUCUACGAGUCGGUUGCUUGCUUAAAUGUUGGGCAGAUUUGUACUUUCAUAGGUUAUUUGACCAUUUAGUUAACUUGUUAUAG